AGUAUUGCUAUAUAUAUCUACCGCGAGAAUAACAUAAGCUCAAUGAAACUAAAGAUUUUGCAUAAAAAUCCCAUAAUAUUAAAUUUAUAACUCAUUCCUUUCAUACAUUAUGAUCCACCACCUCAUUGAAACUCAACUAAGGUCUUUAAUUUAUAAUUAUAUGUUUUUGUUAACGGGAGAUAUUUAAGCGAUUUAUCUAUUGAAAAAUUUGUCCUAAUAUUUAGCAUUACGAUAUGACAUAACUUUAACUAAAAUUUUGGAUAAAGCGUAAAAACUCGUGUUGUUUACAUUAGUGCAGUAGUGGUCACUAAAUUACUUGUCGCAUAACAACCGGCGUCGCGCAGCCUCGGCUUGAAAGUUGAGGACAAAAUUCAAUAACGAAUUGGCCAUUUUAUUGAUGGCCGGGGGGGAGGCUGGGUGGAGACAAUCGGUUGGUGGCAGCAGCUGAAAAUGGGGGUGCAUCAAUCAGUCCACCAUUAGUUUCCCGGCACACUGGGGCGUGGGCGUCGGGGGUGUGGCACGGGGCGUGGGGGUCCCCGUGCCGCCCCCCGGCGACCUACUCGCCACUAUAUCCAUGUUCGAGCAGCAGAUCAAAGCAGAGCCUAUGAGCUAUUACUCUUCCCAUCCUCACAUACACUCCGGCCCCCCAACAAUAGUCCGAUCAGAUUCUAAUCAUGCCAUCAUCAAUAUGAACCAACACCAUGCACACCAAGAAGACUCAAAGGAUAGCCUGAUAGUACAACACCAAGUUCAACACCAACAGGAGCUAAUGGAACAGCACCAACAAGAAAUGCAGCAACAGGAUGAUGAGUUGAGCUUCAAAGGAAUGGAUGAUGAAGGUGUUGAAAUGGAUAUGGAUGGCAGGCAGUGUUCUCAGGGUUUGGGUGUCGACAUGGGAUCUGUUCAAACUAAAAUGGAAGUUUCGAAUGGCGGACAGGCAACACGUUCAAAACCACAAGCUUGUAAAGUAUGCGGCAAAGUACUGUCUUCCGCGUCAUCGUAUUACGUCCAUAUGAAGCUUCACUCUGGAAACAAGCCCUUCCAGUGUACUGUUUGCGAUGCAGCUUUCUGUCGCAAGCCGUACCUAGAAGUCCACAUGCGCACACACACGGGUGAACGACCUUUUCAAUGUGAUCUUUGCCUCAAGCGUUUCACACAGAAGUCCAGCCUCAAUACGCACAAACGAGUGCACACAGAUGAGCACAUGCGCGCGUUGAUGGUGAAGGACCGGCCCUACAAGUGCGAACUCUGUCAGAUGCGGUUCACGCAGAGCUCCAGCCUCAACCGCCACAAGAAAAUACACACGGAGGAGCACAGACGAGCCCUGUUAGAGAAAGUGCGGCCGUACCAGUGCCACAUCUGUUUUAUGCGCUUCACUCAGAAGUCCAGCCUGGGCCGACAUGGGAAAAUACAUACUGAGGAGCACAUCCAAUCGCUGAUCAACAAAGUGCGCCCCUAUCAGUGCGAGAUCUGUGACAAGCGGUUCACUCAGAAGUCAAGCCUUGGCACUCAUAAACGUAUACACACUGGGGAGCGGCCGUUCCAGUGCACCGUCUGCCUCAAGUCCUUCACGCAGAAGUGCGCGCUCAAUUUGCACGAAAAAAUACAUACGGUGCAAGGGCGUCCUUUCACGUGCGGGCAAUGCCCGGCGGCGUUCGCCCGCCGCCCCUACCUGGACAUUCACAUGCGCACGCACACAGGCGAGCGGCCGUAUCAAUGCGACGCGUGUCUGAAGCGCUUCACGCAGAAGUCCAGCCUCAAUAUACAUAAACGGACGCACACAGUCCAGGGGAGACCGUUCCAGUGCCUGUCGUGCCCCGCCGCCUUCACCUGCAAGCAAUACCUGGAGAUUCACACGCGCACCCACACCGGCGAGCGGCCGUAUCAGUGCGACAUCUGCCUGAAGCGCUUCACUCAGAAAUCAAGCCUCAACAUUCACAAGCGGACGCACUCAGUCCAGGGGCGGCCGUUCCAAUGCCUGCAAUGCCCGGCCGCCUUCACCUGCAAGCAAUACCUCGAGAUCCACAACCGCACUCACACGGGCGAGCGGCCGUACCAGUGUGACGUAUGCCUCAAGAGAUUCGCGCAAAAAUCAACACUUAACAUACACAAAAGAACGCACACAGUGCAAGGGCGGCCGUACCAAUGCAUGGAGUGCCCGGCUGCGUUUACAUGCAAGCCUUACUUGGAGAUACACAUGCGCACGCACACGGGCGAGCGCCCCUUCGAGUGCGAUGUGUGUUACAAACGCUUUACGCAGAAAUCGACGCUCAACAUACACAAGCGAAUCCAUACCGGUGAACGUCCAUACGCUUGUGAUAUUUGUCAAAAACGAUUUGCUGUGAAGAGCUAUGUAACAGCCCACAGAUGGUCCCACGUGGCAGACAAACCGUUGAACUGCGAUCGGUGCUCGAUGACGUUCACCAGCAAGUCUCAGUUCGCGCUCCACAUCCGCACGCAUUCCGCCGGCUCCUGCUACGAGUGCAGUGUGUGCGGCAGGACCUUCGUGCGAGACAGCUAUCUUAUACGACACCACAACCGCGUUCACCGCGAGAACCAUAGCAACAUGUCUGCAAACAGCAUCGGCACCAUCAACAGCGUGGCGACUAAUACCAACAACUCCAACAGUAAUUACGACUCGCCCGGCGUGUGUGACUUAAGCUUCGUGCCCAUGGUGAAUCGUUACAUGACGUCGCAGGGUACGCAGGUGUCAAUGCAGGACAGCAAGAUGUCGGCCAUGUCUCCACAGUCCAUCGCUUCCAUAUCUUCGCCCCCUCCCCCGCACACGCCCACCCCGCAGCCGCAGAUGUCGGGACAAAUGCAUCUCGCUGACUGAUCAGCCCAGCAGGUCUCGGUUGAGCAUCUAGCAUCCAGAGUGCAAUAACAUUGGGCGGCCAUCGCCUAGAGCAGCUAAUAGUAGAGAGAGACGCAACUCCCAAGUCUUCAGCAUGGACUCAUGCACAGAUUAUAUUAUAUUUUCACAUAAUUUAUUUAUAUUCAGUGUUUUCGUUCGUCGGCCGCGACGUUUGCAGGGAGAGUCGUUUGCUUGUGGAAUCCCUCGAAACUAAAAGGUGGACAUCACAAUAAAAGUAGUGUAGUCGAGUAGCGGUACCGCCUAUGAUAUGCAUUGUGAUUUUAUACCCACAACUGUGAUUUAUCUAUACCAUCACAUAAUUAUAUUAAUUCGCGUGGUGGCGUUCAUAAAUCGAUACUUAAAACUCUCAUCAUUUUAGAUUGUAGGCCUAAAAUUUUUGAUCUCAUAUUCUAAUUUGCUUAGUGAUAACUUUGGAAUCGUGUGGUAUAUCCGACUUGAAAUUCUAAAUUUAAUGUUCGUCAUUCGCAUGUCAUACCUAUUCUCAUUAGACGUAGUGAAUAACAAUAUCUUAUUGCGAUGCUUUAACUUAGAUCGUGUCAGUGUAUAUGGAGUUCAUAAUUUUAUAGAACUGUUACCAAUGAGAGGUAAAGUAUUUUGAUCACUGAGAAAUUUUAAAGGACUCUAACUUCAUAAUUCAUAAUUAUCCAUAAGAAUGCUUUAAGGUUCUGGUUCAUAGAAGAGUAAUAAUAAUGAAUAAGUACAAAUAACCCAUAAUUCGCAGAGUCCUGAGAGGCAAUAUCGAAAGCUUCACAAAAUUAAUAACUUUAAUAUGAUGUUUAUUGGAGUAAUCCAGAGAAGUGCCUGUUGCAACAUAAAAUUGGCAAUAUUUUUUAAUCGUACUACGUUCGUAAUGAAUAUUAUGUUUAGUGUUCAAUGUGUGUGUCAUCGGGCUAAGGAAAGCAGCGAGCGGCGGCGCGGCGCGGGGGGCGUCCGCCGCCGCGCCGCCGGGCGUUACCAUUUGUGAAGCUUCUUACUAAAACUUUGUGUGCCUUCUAGCGGAUAGCGAUAUUAGGCAAUAUCAAUCAUACUAACACCACUGGUUAACUUCAUUAUUUUUUCUUAUUUCCGAAUAAGCGUUCAUAUUAAGUGUACUCUCAUGUAAACCAUCGUAAUUAUACGGCGUAUAUAUUAUUACCAUUUCGAAUAGCAGUAUACAUGUUAGAUCGUAUUUUUGUAAUAUGCAAUCUUUGUUUCCAUUACUGUUUUCGAAUAAUAUUAAUACGAAUAGUGAUAUAGCGCAGUAGUCUUCCAAUACCUUGAGACAGAGUGCACGACGUGAGAGCAAGUGCACGUGUCCGCUUCAGGGGUUCCUUAUGGUUUGCCAUUAUUGAUAUCAAAGAUAGAUUGGUGCCAUUUCCAUGUAAAUGAUGUGGUAAAGUAAGUUUAGUUAAGCCUGCAGGUCAGGGUAGAACUGGAAAUAAAAUAUUGUAAGUAAAUCUUCGCUAUGUGCUGGUUGGCGUUACCGGCGCUUCUUAUCGUUUCGUUAACUUACCGCGUGUGAAUUUUAUACGCUAUUUGUUUUAUUUCCAUCUUGUGUGUGUCCAUGUGCUGGGGCAAAUUGUAAAUAUUGGUAGGGUUUAUUUAUUCAAGUAUAUCGGAAAAGAGUUGAAAUUCAAAAUUAAAUGGGAUGUAUGAUUUGUAGAACGGUCUCACUCUACGAUUUUAAUAAUAAAGAUAUCGAACUGAAAAGAGAACAUAAUUGGAGUAAAUGUUAGAAUAUUUAGCGCAGAACUAUACUUUGGGUACUAUGUACUAAUAAAAUCAAAAUUUCCUUGUAGAUGUACAUACGUAUACAUAUUACAUAUAAUAAUAUAUACAUAUGAAUGUUGUUUGAUAGUCCUCAAUAUUUUUUUAUAUUUUGAUAGUUCUGUAUUUGAAAGAAACACGAAAAAAUAGGCCAACGUCUCAUUUAUCAUUUUAAAUUAAUAAAUAAUAAAAAAAUAUGUACACGAUAUUUUAAGAUAAAAUAAUAUGACGGAUGCAUUUAGUUGCCCAGAGAAGUAGAAAUUAAAUCGCGUUUUUUCAAAUUCUUAAUCUGUUAGUAAGAUUCAUACCAAGCCAUUGAUAACAGUAUUAUUUAGACAAACUAGAACUUGAGUUUAACAAGUAGUAUAAACUCAGCUACCAUUAUGAGAAAUCACCAUAAAAUUGAACCAUAGUUUAUCAAUAGUUUGUAACAACAUUGGUGAGCACCACUUUUAGGUGCUUGUCAGUGCUGAUACCGUAUUAUCCAUAGAUAUAUUAUGAAUGGAAAUAGAAACACCAACAUAGUGAACUAGGUACAUAUAAUAAAGUAUAUAAAUAUAUAUAUUACCCUUCGCCUUUCCAUUGGCUCGAUGGUGGUGAUUGUUUCUUUAUUGAUUCUAUUAUUAGUAGGUAAUAUAUUUUUGUUAUAAUAUGUUCUGUCUUUAUAAUUGUUUUUCUUUAUUAGAAACAUUAUUCUAUCGUUGCUUCACCCUGGUCGGGCGAAUUGGAAAGGGGGAAGGCAAUUGAUCCUUGUAUUGAUCACGAAAUAAUAAUAGCGUUUUGCUUUCAAGAGUGUGAUUUUCAGCUCUUGGCUUACUCUGACUUAUUUCGUGAACAAUAGGGGUAAAUUAAAUACAGUGAAGAACCACGAAUAUAAUUUUAUUAACGCAAUUAAGAGCGUGGUGGGCAAGAUGUAGGUACACGCUGAAAUACCUACGAUUGCUAAUUUCGCAAAAUCGUCACGCUAUCUAGUAUCAAAAUUAUUUUGUGGACCUUCACUGCCCCAACUAUUUUACAUACCGAUGUUAGUUAACUAUAUUUAGAAGUAAUACUGAGCCAUUACAUUACGUAAUCAUAAAGUGGUAACUAUGUAUUUCCCCUUACUUAUUUUCGACCGUAGAAAAGACUGAAUUACUUUAAAAGGAAAGGAAUUCACGUUAUAAGAAUACUCAACUAUUGGCAGUGAAGUUUGUGUUGAUUAUGUUAACCACCUUAGCGGUUGUGGUGUCGGACCAACCAUGUUUUGGAAAUUCAGUUUGAGAAAUCGUACAUAUCCUUACCCGUGAAUGUUAUUGUAUACUAUCCCCUUGUCAAGGCAGGCUACUAGUCUAGGGCAGCGUGCGCGCCGCCGACCAUUUACACUUGAUCGUGGUAGUUUUAUGAGCAAAUAACAGUGAGCCUUGUGUAAUCAUAAUGUCUAAGGUACAUAAAUAUUUAGUUAUAUUGUAUCGUUAGAUUUACGCGAACUUCCGCUUUGCCAACAUAUUACGUUGCUUACAUUAUAAUCAUACGAGAGUACAGCCUAAGGAUUUUAACUUUUUUUUUAUAUACUGAGAGCUAUUUCUAAGUCACUGAUUUUUAUACGGUUGUAUUGUAUAUGCUAACCAAAUUAUAUUACUGGCUAUGAGCCAUUAUUAUUAACCAAGUUUUGGAGUUAUUUACAUCCCUUUAAUUGCUAAUUUUUUAUUGAAAUUUCAAUAAGCAAACAUCAUGGCAUGAUGAUAUUGCGGUCAUUUAGUUAUAGCUCUUCAGAGUUUUAAUGACCAAUAUUUUAAUUAAAAUACAUCUGUUUACUUUUAUUGUUAAAAUUUUUAGGCUAGUUUAUAUUUCAAAUAAGUUAGAUUUGUUAAUUGUGGUGUAUUAUUGCACGCGAGUAUAGCUCUUACGGCCUCCUUUACAGAUUUAUAUUUAUUUGUUUUAGUCUAAAAUUAUUGUGAUAAAAAUAUUAUUAUUGGUUUGUUUAUCUUGUAUGAAAAUUAUCUUAUUGUUUUUGUUGAUACUUUGAGUAUUCUACUAUACAGUGACGGAGAAAGGUAAAGACAGGGGCUGUAAGAGCCUUUAUGUAGUCAGCAUUAUGUAUAUGCUUUAAUGUGAUUUUUUAAAUGUACUCUUUAUUAUAGUCUCAUCAUUCAAUAUUAUUAGCGAACUAACAGUGUUUCUAAUUUUUUUCAGUUCAUAGUGAUUUAUAUUGAGAUCAAAAUAAAUACAGAGUUUAUUUAAUUUUAUGGAAAAUAUACAUUGUAAAAUUAUUCUUUAGUGCUCGUUUGCAGAGCUCUAUUAAAAAAAGAAACUAUAUGAAUGCAAAAUAACAAGUCACGAUUCUUUUAGAAGUCGCCAUGUAGUGGAGAAAAAUAAACGUGCCAUGAUAUUUGUGGCUAACAA